UCCACCAUCCCUAAUUCUCCCCUUCCUCUCUCCUUGGUUGGUUUCUUCUUUAUAUACCAAAAAAAUGUGCAGCUUCUUUUCCUUCUAUCAUCUCAUAAGAAAUCAACUCAAUUUGUUAUAUUAUAUAAUACAUAAUCCCACAAUUUCACACAUUUACAACAUUCGAUUGCUUUUCAUCUCAUUCAUCCAGGAAAAUCAAGAAACAGAAAAAAAAAAAGGGGUUAAAAAGGUGGAACUAUGGGAGUGUUAUGUAUGUUUCACGAAGUACAAAUACGAGAAAUACGUGUCUUUUGUAUGUAAAAAGACCAUUAAAUCCCUAUUGUUUUUAACAAAAAUAAUAUCAAUAGACACCAAGUGUAGACUGGUAUUUCUUUUCUUUUAUAAUUUAUAAAGCCCCUUACGCACACGUAUAAAAGACAAACGACAACAUCAACAUCUCAUCACAUAACAAAUAUCAAGAUUAAAUCAAUUCAUCAAAAAGAAAUUUAUAAAAAUGGGCUUUUGGACACUCUUCGGGGUCGCAUCAAUGCCAAUAGUUCAAGUCUUAAUAGUGAGUGUCAUAGGAGCUUUAAUGGCUACAGAUCACUUCAAUCUUCUUUCCAACGACACUCGUCGCUCUCUUAAUAAGAUUGUGUUUGUGGCUUUCACACCAUCUCUUGUUUUUGCAAGUCUUGCCGAAAGUGUCACAUUUCAAGACAUAAUCUCAUGGUGGUUUAUGCCUAUAAAUAUUGGAUUAACAUUUUUGUGUGGAGGAAUAUUGGGAUGGAUAGCAGUAAAACUAAUUAAACCAGCAGCACAUAUGGAGGGCCUAAUCAUUGCCAUGUGUUCAACUGGCAACUUGGGAAACAUCCUUUUAAUAAUCAUUCCGGCAAUCUGCACUCAAAGUGGAAGUCCUUUUGGAGAUGGUAACGUUUGUAAAGCUAAUGGACUCUCAUAUACAUCAUUUUCCAUGGCAGCGGGUUGUUUCUAUAUAUGGACAUAUACAUACCAAUUAAUUAGAAACUCAGCUGUGAAGUACAAUGAAAUGAAAAAGGAGGAGGAUUUAUUGAUCAAGGAUAUAAACAAAGACUUCAAUGCAAACGAAACAAGUCAUCUCUUAUUAAAUGAAGGUCAAGCGGACGUUGAUCCAGAAAAUCCAACUAUGGUGUACAAAGAUCUUGCCAACAAUGAGAGAAAAGAAGGGUUUUCCUCUAAGCUGAUAGAAACUUUACAAAAUAUGUUGGAAGAGCUAUUAGCACCUCCAACAAUUGGUGCUAUUGCAGGAUUCAUUUUCGGUGCAGUUCCAUGGCUGAAAAAGCUAUUGAUUGGUGAUGAGGCUCCAUUACGAGUGAUCCAGGACUCUAUCGCGUUACUCGGGGAUGGAACAAUACCUUGUAUCACACUUAUAUUAGGAGGAAAUUUGAUACAAGGUUUGAGAAAUUCAAACAUAAGAUAUGUUACCAUCAUCACAAUUAUUGUGAUCCGAUACUUGAUUCUUCCUGUAAUUGCAAUUGGAGUUGUUAAAGGUGCUGCUGCUUUAGGAUUACUUCCAUCUGAUCCUCUUUUUAGUUUUGUACUCAUGAUCCAGUUUGUUGUGCCACCUGCCAUGAAUAUCAGUACAAUGACACAAUUAUUCAAUGUUGCACAAGAGGAGUGUUCGGUGCUGACGAUGUGGACUUACGUUUUCGCAGCAUUUGCACUUACUGGAUGGUCAACGGUCUUCAUGUGGAUCUUGACUUGAAACUUGAAAAAUCAUUUUUAGGCUUUGGUCGACUCAAUUCAUAGGAUCUUAAAAUUUAUUUUGUAAUUUCUACAAAAUUUUGCUCAAUUAUUGGAUGUUUGUGGUUCCAAAAAUAAGUUUCUAGUUUUUUGCUUUACUUAAAAAAACAUCAACUCUUGAAGAUUCAAAGCAAAAAGAUCAUUUAUGUAGUUUUUGAAUUGUAAUUGUUUAAUACGUAGCAAAGAAUAUACCAAUCAACAUAUUGUAAGAUUUA